CUAGAAGGUGGAUUAAUCACCGGGCCGAGCGUUGAUCCACCACCGGCACACUGAGCGCAUCUCUCGCCGCUGCAGCUGUCCCGACCGCGGCUGCAUCACGCCUGUCUCUCCCGGUGUCUGCCGGAGGCUGUUUCCUCCUUAUUUUACAUGCUCUCCCCCCUCUUCCUCUAUUUCCUGAUGCAGGGUCGGGGAGGGGUGAGCCAAAGUGUGCACCGGAUAUUGGAAAACCCAUUCUUCUUGCUGAUGCUGUUGGGAUAAUAGAUUAUUAUCUGGACAUCGCCGCAUCUGCACAGAAAGACACAUCCGGACAUAAACGAGGCCUGGCUGCAGAAGAAGCUGCAGCUUGGAGGGGUUUGAAACAUUUUUGGACAGUGGCAGUUUAACGAGGAGGGGGUCCCUGUUAUCGAUCAGUGAAUGGAUUCAAUCAGAGCAUUCUGACUUUGGAUAUUUGAGACUCUGCUCUUAAAGAAAUCAAUCUGUAGCCUCCCUGUGCAGGUCUGAAUCAGAUCUUUCUGUCUUGCUCCACUUUUUGCCCAGCUGCAUAAGCUCCAUAGGAUCAAUAAGCUUUAAACUACUGUUGGAUGGGACACAUUAUUGUGGAUAUUACCUCCUUGUCAAACCUCACACCUCCUCUGCUUUCUGGUAUUUUCUACAGUCCCUCUGAAUGAUGCUGCUUUAGUAUGACAGACAAACCGAGCCUGGGAGAUACUUUAUAAUCCGGGCCUUAUAGUAUGGAAACUGGGCCGGUUCUCACUCCCGACCGCAUGACAAACAAGUGCAUGGGAGUAGCCUGCAGGGCCCGGCUCUAGAUCACGACUAGUACCUCUCCUCAGCUCCUCACCGCCCUGUGAUGUGUGUUAAAGCGUUAUUACACACGGAGCAGGAGCGAACGCUAUCUUGAUCUGCCUUAUAUCAGGACUAGAAUUACAUCUCUGGGAAGGAUGAGCAGCAAGGAGCUGACAGUGGGCCAGUCCAGCCAGUAUGUGGGGCCUUACCGGCUGGAGAAGACCCUUGGGAAGGGCCAGACAGGUCUGGUGAAGUUGGGCGUCCACUGUAUAACAGGACAGAAGGUGGCCAUAAAGAUUGUCAACAGAGAGAAACUCUCCGAAUCAGUCCUAAUGAAGGUGGAGAGAGAAAUAGCUAUUCUUAAACUAAUAGAGCACCCUCACGUUCUGAAGCUGUAUGAUGUCUAUGAGAAUAACAAAUACCUGUACCUGGUGCUGGAGCAUGUAUCCGGUGGAGAGUUAUUUGACUACCUUGUAAAGAAGGGCAGACUGACUCCCAAAGAGGCCAGGAAGUUCUUCAGACAAAUCAUCUCUGCCCUUGACUUCUGUCACAGUCACUCAAUAUGUCACAGAGAUCUGAAGCCAGAGAAUCUUCUCCUGGAUGAGAAGAACAACAUCAGGAUAGCAGAUUUCGGCAUGGCCUCACUACAAGUUGGUGACAGCUUAUUGGAAACCAGUUGUGGAUCCCCACAUUAUGCCUGCCCAGAGGUCAUACGAGGGGAGAAGUAUGAUGGUCGCCGGGCAGAUGUUUGGAGUUGUGGAGUGAUCCUAUUUGCUCUUCUUGUGGGUGCCUUGCCAUUCGACCAUGAUAACUUGCGGCAGCUUCUAGAGAAAGUGAAGAGUGGGGUAUUUCACAUGCCCCACUUUAUACCUCCUGACUGUCAGUCCUUGCUCAAAGGAAUGAUCGAAGUCAAUGCAGACAAGAGACUCACGCUAGAAGCAAUACAGAAACAUGCCUGGUACCAGAGUGGGCGUAACGAGCCUUGUCCAGAGCAGCCGCCCCCUCGCCGAGUGUGUGUGAAGAGGAUUGUGUCCUUAACAGAGCUGGACCCUGAUGUCCUGGAAAGCAUGUACUCCUUAGGGUGCUUUAGAGAUCGGGUCAAACUCACACAGGACCUUACAAGUGAGGAGGAGAACCAGGAGAAGAUGAUCUACUUCCUCCUCUUGGACAGAAAAGAGCGAUACCCCAGCUGUGAAGAUGAGGACCUGCCACCUAGAAAUGACUUAGACCCACCCAGGAAGCGAGUGGACUCCCCCAUGCUCACACGUCAUGGCCGCUGUCGUCCCGAGAGGAAAAGCCUGGAAGUCCUCAGUGUCACAGAACAGGGAUCUCCUACCCCACCUCGCAGGGCACUGGAUACUAGCGCCCACAGCCAGAGGUCUCGCUCAGUCAGCGGAGCAUCCACAGGUCUGUCCUCUAGUCCUCUCAGCAGUCCCAGGAGCCCGGUCUUCACUUUCAGCCAAUCAGAAGUCACCCCCACCUCCACUUCCUCCUCAAAAGACCCAAAAGCUGGAAGUGCCACCAACUCUCGGCCCACCCGUCCGACGCCCGACCCAAAAACCCAAACCCUGCCCUCAAAGGGCCCCACCGAGCGACCGCAGCUUCACUCCAUGAAGUCCCUCCCUCUGCAGACACCACGCUCCCCCUCCCCAUCACCAUCCCCCCUCCUCUCUCCCAUCUCACGCUUCUUCAACUUCCCCUCUCCAUCUGUCUUCAAGUCUAAGAACGUCCACUCUUCCUCUAACUCCUCUGCCACCCCUCCUCCUGUGUCGCAGGUCACGCCGCAGGGCUCACCGCUGCCCACCCCACUGGGCACGCCUGUGCACCAAAUCCAACACCCGUCCUCCACCACCCCUCCCUCCUCUUCUUCCUCGUCUUCUUCUUCCAGAGCGGACGGAGCUGGUGGGGCCUCACUGUCGCUGACACCACCUUCUAGCCCGGGUGGCAGCGGUGGUAUGGCCGCCUCGAGCUCUGGCCACUGGAGAACAAGGCUGAACUCUUUCAAAAACAACCUUCUGGGGUCACCACGCUUCCAUCGACGCAAACUACAAGUCCCAACAUCAGAAGACAUGUCCAGCUUGACCCCAGAGUCCAGUCCAGAACUGGCUAAGAGGUCCUGGUUUGGUAACUUCAUCAGCCUGGAGAAAGAGGAGCAGAUCUUUGUCCUGAUUCGAGACAAGCCUCUCAGCUCUAUUAAAGCUGACAUCGUCCAUGCCUUUCUCUCUAUCCCAUCCCUCAGCCACAGUGUGGUGUCUCAGAACAGUUUCCGGGCAGAAUACAAGUCCUCUGGCGGCCCCUCUGUCUUCCAGAAGCCUGUAAAGUUCCAAGUUGACAUUGCUUUUUCUGAAGGAGACAGAGAUCGGGCAGAACGGGACGGAAGAAGAGAGAUGGGAAUCUACAGUGUCACCUUUACUCUAAUAGCAGGUCCCAGUCGCAGGUUCAAGAGAGUGGUGGAAACCAUACAGGCUCAGCUUCUAAGUACUCAUGAUCAGCCUUCUGUGCAGGCACUGGCUGAUGAAAAGAACGGCCAGCUCUCUCGCCAGCCCAGCACCCCUUCACGUCAGAACUCCCGGCGUUCCGAGAGUGGAUCAGAGCGGGAGCGGGGAGACAAGGAUCGUGCGACAGAUGGGGUAAGCGGAAGUGGGAGCAGCAGUGGGACGGUCUUACAAAGGCGAGGUUCGGGGAAGGACAAGACCAGACUCCUCUCGUCAUCCAAUGGGACACAGUCUCACCAAUGAGAAGAAUGUUUUUGAAGAGAGACGAGGGUCCUCAAUGGCACCAUUUUCUCUUCCUUCCCUCAGUCUGACCCACAUUCUUUCCUUACCUAUUUCCUUACUACCUGUCUUGCUUCCUUCGGUUAUUCCAAAGCAAUGGGACAGACUAAUGGGAUGUUCUCUGUUGAGGCUGAGGCUCUGUUUUGGUGCCUAGGGAUGCGACAGAGAAUGGCUAUCCAAGAAGUCCCACCUCACUAACUUGCUCUGAUGAAUCUAGAAAGCACAUGACUUUCCAACUAACCAAUCACAUGCAACUGAAGGUUUAAAUCCAACAGGAAACACCCCAUCAAUCACUCAAGACAACACAGGAGGAUUCUUGCCAAUGAGAACGCCCCUUAAGUCAUUCUCAUUUUGUUUAUGUUUCUGGACUGCCACCUCAACAUUACCUGACCAAACAUGAAGUCAUGUGAUCAGAAACCUGUCUCUUCUCAUGUCCUUAAAAACAAAACUAUGUUCACAACUAAAGGAAGGGAGGGGAUAUUCUGAGAAUGCAAAGAGAAUUUCUAAAGAAGGCUCGUUUGUUGAAGUGGAUUGCAUCUCCUAAUAAUUAGCAAAAUUUAAAACAGUCAUUAGUCUGAAUGCUGAGGAAAACACAAAGAAAUGACAGAACAUGGAUGUGACCAGGUCUACCUGAUGUAGCCUUACAGCUAUGUGAAUAUCUAAAUCAAACAGACAGGAGCAAUUUUUCCUUGAGUGUUUAAGCAACAGAGUCCCAUAAUUAUCUCUGAAUUACACAGAUAAAUCUAUGAUACCAUAAUGCCUUUAACAGAGGAGAGACCGUGGAUAGCUAGUUAGAUUUAGCCCCAUUUUAAGGACACUUGUCACAACACAGGUAGAAUGUCUCACAAGGAUAGAGUCCCUAUAGAAGACAGAGGGAUGAAGAGUUAGACGAAGAAAAACAGAAGUUAGCUAGCAGCGGAUAUUUGGUAGUAAUGGAAGAGAUAAAAAACAAGUGGCAGAGAUUAAAGUUAAAGUCAAUUCUAAAGUCAAAAUGAAGGGCAAAAAAAAUCAUAUUCUAUAUUUAGAUAACAAGCUCUGAUGUGUUUAUUUUCCACUUGCACAUACUGGCUAUGAAGCAAUCCUUCCUAAGUCCAUCUACAACCUCAAAAUCCCCCGUUUAUGCUUGUAGUUUAAGCUUAUGUAUAUUAAGCUACAGCAGUGUUACCCUAGCUAACAUUAAUUCAGCCCCAGUCUGGGCACCCCUGUGGGGGGGUCCUCCUCUUAUGUUGUAAAAAUCAUGAUUAGAGACAUAAUGUAUGACAGUGUAUUAGUAUUACCCUAAAAGAUAAAAAUAAUAUGAUGGAGGAUCUGUACAUUUUUUUAGAUUAUAAAGUUGUAUAUUUACAAGAAAACAAACUCAGAAUCUUUCAGUCUAAUGUCUUAAAUUAACAAAAGAAAAUUCACAUUAUAACCUACACAAUUUUAAGUUCCUAAAGUCAUAGAUUUACAACAUUGUCAAGUCAAAAAUAUAUGAGAAACCAAACCAAAAACAGUGGUUGGAUAAUACCAGUUUACUGAAUUGCCUCCUCUAAAUCGAGAUGAUAAUGAUGAUGAAUCUGGGACAAAAUCACAAGUGCUUAUAACUCAGCUGCAGUAAGAAGUAUCAUUUGAUCAGGCUUUCAGCUGAAGGACUUGCACAAGGAAAGCAGCUUCAUCUGGUCUGAUUCUCUUUCAUACCAUCGGCUAUACUCGACUUUAUAUUCACAAAAAAAGUUUUUGUUUGUGCAAAUUUCUGGCUUUUAUAGUAGAAAAAUUCAAGUUUCCCCCCCAAAAAUUGUUUUUUUUUUUUUUUUUAGAGUGGCCCUGAAACACCUUCAUAAUAAUAAAUUUAGAUUUUUGGCAUAACCGUUUAAAAAAGUGGGGCUAUUAAAUUGAGAUUUUGCCAAUGAAAACAGUUGAAAUUGAUGUUUAUUUUUCCAAGUGGUUCCUGGGAGGGGGCUCAGCUUUUCUUAGAUAUGAAUAAGGGUCCCUAGGGAAAAAGGUAGGGAACCACUGGUAUAGAAAACAUCUAUAUAUAAUUUGUGGCUUUGUCAUGCAGCUGCCGAUGCAUUUUAUAAAUUUUUAACUUUUGCUGAAAGAUAUAGCUGGCAUUAGAUAAUUAGACCAUCUUUUCCCAUUGUUAACGCUGUAAUUGGCACAAGCUAACAUAAAAGCCUAUUUUCAGGACAAUGAUUCAUUUGGCAUUUUGUGAAAUAGGUGUACUGCUUAAUCUUCAUAAUAAACUGUGGGUUUUGUUCCUUGACUCUUGCAGUGGAGUCACCUCAGGAAGGUACUGCUUCACAGCUUGUAUAGAGAGGAAAUGACAUCACUGACCAACAACUAAACAUACGUAUCAGCAUGUGAGUGAUGUGUGUUCAUUAAAAAAAUAGCCUUUUAGUUUUUCAAAUUCUCCUAAUUGAAGCUGAAUGACAGUGGACCUUUAAAAAUCAAUUACCAAGCUGGCCCAACAGGACAACCAAGUCUUUUAGACCCAAAUUAAGGCUACUGAAACACUUCUUUUGUUCCCAGUGUUGAACAAUAGAUACUGAAAUGAUGCAGGGCGACGCCAAAGCCCCAAUAAAAGCCUUCACUCUUUCUGUCUCUCUGGAGAUAUGGAAAGAGGAAAGAGAGAGGUUUGCAGAGAUAGAUACUGAGAUUUUCACAAGAAAGAAGAGUGACUAGCACGCCUCUGUAUUGCUGAAAACCUGGCAAACAUUCUGCCUGAAGGAGAGGAGAAAAAAAUUAAGCCACACAUAAUGAAUAGAAGACUUUUCUUGUGUUAUUUUCUUCCCUCUAUCCACCAUCUUUUAUCAGCUCUGUCUUUUUGGGCUUCUGAGGAAAUAUUUUUAUGUUUGCCUGUGGCAAAAUGGAUGCGCUCCAUUGUGAAUGUCAAAAACUUUUUUAAAAGUUGUUUUGAGAGUGUAAACAUAGUUUUGUUCCACAUGUUCAAUGAAAAUGUAUUUAUGUAUGUAUUUAUUUAUUUAUUUUAUUGUUAAUUUUAUGCGUAUCUGUUAAAGUUGUUGUUUAUUUCUAGAAAAUAAGGAGAGGAGUGGAUACAAAAAGGACAUGCCCAUUCAGUUGUGUCUGACCCAGCAGAGCAACACGUCUUUCCUGAGAAUAACUCAACAAAAAACCAUUUCUACGUUUAUUUCACACUGUGAAAAAUUGUGCUGCAGAAGUUCCUUUUAUUGUUUUCCUUUGUUUUUAUCUGUUUACACAUUUUUGUUCAUACAGUACUGUUUACUUAUAUAUGUUCAUAUUUCAUGACACCAGAAGGAAUAUUCCACACCUAAAAAGAGCUACAUGCAGGAAUUUUAGCAUUUGAACGAAGGCCUCUGACAAUAAUAUCAGUGCUGAGUCAUUGUCUCCUUCAGGCUUUUUUGUAUUGACUAAAAGGUAACAUCUAAGGCUAAAGAGGGAAGGAUAACAAGCUGCUGGAAUGUAACACAAUUUCUUUUAAAUGUUAUGUUAAAUUAUAUGUACUGAAGAGACACAAAUGCACACACUCACGUCUGCGGACCUUACAAAUCAUUUUACGUAAACUAGUGUUGAGUACAUUGUCCUUUUUUCUGUUGGUCAGUUACUUAACCUUCGAUGAAGAGAGUUCACCUAAUCAUGGUUGAUACCUCAGUACCAACAAAAACCAUCAGCAUUAAGACUAUUUCUUAUCAGUGUUUCUUAAUGGCAAAGAUCUUCAAUGAAUAACACAUUUGGCUGUUAACUUAAAGCAGGGAGAGUUAUUUAAAACCAAAUCUGCACAGUGCAAAAUCAGAACAGGGGUCACCAAAAUCAAAACAAUUCAAACAUUUCUCACAGGAGCAGAUUUCAGUAGCUCAGUAGCACCUGAAAAAAUCACCUUAGAAAUGUUGGUUUAUGGUUAGAGACUUGUAAAACUGCUGUUUUUGUUAAGGGCUAACUACCAGAAGUUAGCAUGCUUGCAAGUUAAACUUGCAUUGAACCGUCUAGACUUCAACAUUCAGCAAGGUUGUUAUGAGCAUGUCAGCUUGCUAAUGUUAGCAUUCAGCUCAAAGAAGUGCUCAUAGAGAAGCUAGCAUGGAUGGAGUUAAAUAACUCAUGAACAAACAAAAUUUAAGCCCUGGGAAAAUCUCUGUGUUUAUUCACGCCAACCUCACUGAAGCCAUUACUAAUGAAUUUUGAAAGUCUUCAUUCACUCCUCACACUUUGCUGAAUUACAAGAGUGGAGUAACAAUAUUAAGUGGACAUUUUUCAUAUUGCAGGCUUUAUAAGGCAUUAAAGAAUCCUCAAAAGCUGGGAGGUGAGGAAGCUCUCAGGUCAUGGUUUAAGAUGAUGUUAAGGAAGUCAGCUCCCAGUCAGCUCUUCUUGUCAGUGAGGCCCAUUACCCUCCUUGGACAUAAUUAGGAAGUUUUUUCUUCUUUGCUGUGUUCACAUUAUAUUUAAAUGUAUUUGUCUCCCUCUUUUGGUUUCUCUUCUCAUUCCAGCUCUCAAAGUGGGCCCCUUAGAAAAAUCCAGCAGUGAGGCGCUCACAUUUGAAAGAGCAGAGGUUAGGGAGGUUUCAAGUUACACGACCACAUGCCCAAAGCGAGCGUUAAAGUCAAGUCCAGGUCAAGCUUACCUCCUUAAAUAUAUUUUUAGAGAGAAAGAUACGAGUUUGAUUGAAAGAAAGACAGGAAAGAAUAGCUGCCUCAGUGUACUCCAAUUCAGUUCUGUUUAAGAUUACACCAGGACCCUCGACACGUUUGAGGCUGGGACACUCCUGCUGAAAGAAAUCUCCCUCCUUCCUCAUUCCUACGUAACCCCUCCUGCCACCCAUUGACUACAUUUUGUACUACCCCCCCAUCCCUCCUAUUUGUAUCUUUACAAUACCAACUGCACAUAUCUCAGCCCCUUAUAUAAUCAUCUCCUCCCCUUGUAUACAUUUUAUACACUGUAUACUCAAUGCAGAUGCUGUAUACAUUUGUAUAUCCUGUCUGUCUCCAUUGUAUGCCAUCCAUAUCUAUGUAGCAUUCACUAUCUUUUAUCGACACUGUAGUCACCAUACAACUCUUUCGCUCAUCAUUAUUGCUCAUUCUUCUUCUGCAGUUAUUGUAUGACUAUAAUCACACAUCUCCCACCCAAAUUCUCCUCCAGCUCUGCCACACCUCACCAAACCACACCUCACCCAUAACACCCCCUCCCACAUAAUAUCAAGCUCCAAUCCACACAGAAGAAAAGUUUUUGGGUUUUUUUUUUCACUCUGGAAGUCACUACAGAAAAACCUUGAAGAAGGAGGUGUGUGGGACAGGGUGGGACGAGAAAACUGCUAACAUGACUAAUGAUGACGACAACAACGACAAAGAGAAAUGUCUGUAGUAUAAAUACAAAAAAGGAAAA